AUGACUACAACCAAAACUAGCUUUCUCUGUAAUAUCAAAAUGCACUCUGUACACAGGCAGGAAAAUGAUAAUGUUAAAGAUGAUAGAUUCCAGAUUUUGUCAACCGAUGUAUACCAGUCUAUAAGUCAACAACCGACCUUAUCCCAUGUGCAUCUGAAUCAACGUUCUUUCAAUCAACGACAAAAACGAAUGACAACUACUUUUUCUUUGACAUCGACGUUGUUUUGUUUCCGUCUAUACGACCGAUCAUUACGAUUCUUGUGUGGAAGCUUGCUGAUGCACUCGAGGAAUUUUGAUUUGUCCGGUUAUUUUCACCAUCCUGGGUUCAUACAAGAAGUGAGCCUUUAAGUGACUUGUAGCAGGAAGCGUGCUCUCCUCAUAUAUAGGUGAUGCGACAGCAGACAAGAACUGUGGUUGCUUUCUCAAAAAUUUACCCACUUGUCGGUGUCGUAGCUCUUCUUAGAAGGUACUACUUCACUGAACGGCCUCAUACAUAGAUACACAAUGCUAUAGAUACAAGAGGCACCAUGACAUGACAUGACAAGUGAAGUACUCGAAAACUCAAAAUAACCGAGUUACUGACUGAAAUAAGGGAGGCAGCUUAACAUCAAGGCUACUCUUCCUUCUCAUAAGUUGCAUCUCGGUUAUUCUCGUCUGAUACUCGCAUAUUUUAGUUUUUCGAGUAUGCUAAUGCCAGUGAGUCGCGAGAAGUGUCUUUCAUGUUGAUGUCAUUGUAGAGCUUCGUUCCAUUAAACCACAGACAACACCGACAUCGGAUUAAAGACCCACUGAUGACCACGAAUGAAAAUGAAAUAACGAGAGGGCUAAUGAAAUGCGAAGCAAAGCUGCUGAAUUGAAACCAACUGAAGAGUUACUUUCUUAUCGUAGUGCUACAU